ACCGUUUUCCUUUUUUUUUCCGCUGCUGAACUGCAGAGACAGUGGGAGAGGAGGACAAUACGCACUCGUUUAUUUAUUUAUUUAUUGGUGUUUUUAUGUUGUUAUAAUGUGUAUGGAUUCAGUUUAAGAUGAUUUAACGCUCUAUAUGCAGCCCAGUUACCUGUUGACCCUGAUGCUGCCACAUGGAUCCAGGUGGAAGUGAUCUGGAGUUGAGUCUUUCUCAGACCGAGAAUCCCUGCCUUAUCGUGGAGGACUCGCAGCCUGACAGCGUGGCCUUGGAGGACGACCCCGACAGCAGUUACCGUACCCUGCUCUCCCGCCGACUCUCCAACCUCCAGCCCACAUCCCACAGCCCGGUCCUGGAACUGAUCGCUUCCCCUUCUAAAAGCAGAUGCACUGACGUUUCGUCCCCGACUGAAAACUCGAACAGUGUAACACAGGCUGACGGGAAUUCGAUUUCCGCCACUUCGGAGCAGAGUCAAGUAUUUGAAGUUUGCACCCUUACAAAAAGAAAUAACCUGGAGGACAUGGAGUCUGGAGCUGAUUCUACCACUCCCUGUGCCCAAGCAGAAGAAGCAGUGCCUCAGUUCGGCCACCUGGAGCUGUCAGAGAGUCAGGGAUUCAACACCCAGGCACAAAAUGCAGAAAGUGGAGACGAGGAUGUGGAGGUGACGCCUUCCAACCUCCGGGUAGCAGACAGCCAGAAAACAUCCAAUCAAAGAGUGAAGAGCUCCACCGGGGCAUCAGAUAGUCGAGAAGACAGAUUAAAAAAUCCAGAGGUGAGCUCCAGCAGUUCCUUGGUGCCUCAGAAGAGAGAAGGCAAAGAGCUGAGUGUCCAGGCUAUACUACACUCUAAAGUCUUGGAGCCUGUAGAAGCUGAAGAUGAGGAAAUGAUGUCAUCCCAGGAUGAUCUGUUCGAUGGAGAAAGAAAUGGUUCUAAGGUUGAGAGCACCGUAGCGGAUGAGACUCAGAAGCAGGAUCCAGUAUGCACUCCUGCUCAUAGCCUUGGUCUGCUGCAUCUGUCUGGCCAAGGAACGUUGGUGCAAGAGAGCCUGUCUCAGCAGUCUGUUGAUUACGUGCCAGCCACCCAGGACAACUUGGACCAAGCCCCGCUUAUAGUCCCCAAUUCACCCACAGGACAGGAGAACGAGCGAGAUUUUAACCAGGCUGCAGAACCAGCAGAGGACAUCUCUGGGACACCUCAUGAUCAAGCACAACAAAAAGGCCAGGAAGAACCAAUGGAUGUGGAUCCUGUCCCAAAGUCUGCAGUGUCGAAUGUAGUGUCCCAGAAUUCCCCCAGUUGUGCUUCGGAGAAAAGCCUUUCCUUGCCAACGCAGCCUGAAUUAUCACAUGAUGUGUUUAUGUCUACACCAUCCUUGGAAUCUGGGGCCUGCAGUUCAAGUCCAGAUGUUUUAAAGAGAAAGGAAGCAACAAAGGAAAGUCCGUCUGCAAUUUUUGGUUCUGAAGAGUUCAAAAAAACAGCCUGCAGUAGUUCAGCUUCUCAGGUGGCUACGGGUUUGAAAUUGGAGCUGGACAACACUGAAAACAGUGUAUUUGAAAAGAAAACUCAAGCGUUUAUUGAGGGUGAUGAUGAUGAUGAUGAUGAUGAUGAUGAAGAUAGUCAGGCCACACAGAUCGAGGAAAUACAAGAUUCUGUCAAAGCGGAUGAGAGAGACUCUGUCCCUGUGCUUCACAAUGAGAAAACGGAGAAAAGCAUCACGGAUUGUGGCCUUAAUAACGCUUCCAAUUUGCAAGGGGUUUCCCAGGAGCCUGACCUGAAAGCUACAGCGAAUGAAGAAAAGUCGUCCUCGCAGUCUUCCAAAGGGCAGAACGGAAAAAUAAAGGACAGCGUGGAAAACUCUCCGGAGAUCCGGCGUAUUCCGAACGCCGUAGCCUCGCCGCAGAUGGAUGAAGGUGGAUCGGGGAAAGAUCAGACCUUGAGAAGUUGCUCACAAAGCAAAGAACAAGCCACGCAACCCACUAGCACAACUCCCGUUCCAUCUCAAUCCCAAUCUGUCAUCUUCUCCCACAAGAGUCCUCCAGGAGAACAGGAACAGGGAGUCGACGGAGACCAAAGAUCGAGCCAGCCCGUGUCUCAAAGCCACCAAAUUGACAGCAUUCGCAGCAUUAAGGAUGUCGACGAGGAAGAUCAGGACAGAACGGAUGAAGCAGAAGUUCAAAGCACAAGCAUGAACGAAUCUUCCGGAUUUGGUUUGGCUCUUUCUCAGAGUCAGACCGAAAUGCCGGAGCCGAUGGACGAUGGAGAGGAAGUCGCCCAAUCUGCAGCAAGCAAGGACGAGGAGAGCCUUGAGGUCAUCGUCCUGGAGGAGAGCGAGAGAGUCUCACAGGAGCGAGACCGUAUCGAGAGGUCGCCGGCGUUUAGAAGUUCUUCACAACCAGUCAGAGGAUCCCCGAAGGAGAAAUUCGAGCCUGGCAGAAAAGUCACAGGCUCCCAGCCAAACAGCUCGGGCCAGAAUUCACAGGUGGCUGCUAGAACUGGUGCCAGUAUGGCACAGGCCAGCGACGGAGCAACCGGUGCAGGAUCGCAGGUCCUGAAUUUGGCCAACAAAAGUCUGAGUGACAGCUCUGGAGAUCUGCCAUUCCACUUCACACUUCCCAGAGAAGGGGAGAUGAUUGGGCCUGCUGCGAGCGCAACUCCUCCACACGUCAGGCUGCUGAAGAACACGCCGCUCCACAGCACUCCUAUCGAAACGAGUACGUUCCGAGAGCGGACUGAGGCCGACGUUACCAGGGAGACGACGAUGGCGGCCAGUGAGAUCUCCAUGGAGGAGAGCGGAGAUGGAGAGGAGCUGGCUGCACAGGGGGGUGAUGGGAAACUGAGUCUCAGAAUGAAGGUGGUGACUCCUAUAGAAGAGGGAAGCUCUCAGCAUUUCAGCCUACAAAAGCCAUCCUUAUCUGAUGAAGAAAGCUCCGUUUCCAAGGAUACCGCUGUUGCCAAGGCUGUUACCAGCCCUCAAUCCAUCUUCACUCGGGUUCGUGAGGUUCACAGACAGCUCCAGGUGGAGGAAGACGCCAAGGAGCCGAGCGAUCUGUCACUCAGACCUCUAAGCCAAACCGACCUCCCGAACCGCGAGAACCCUGAUCCACCUCCCGAGGCAGUAGGUAAUGGUACACCAAAGCAGCAGACCAACGGCACCACCAUGCACUCUGAACCUCUGUCAGAAAUUCCGUCCUCCUCGGCUAAAGAACAUGAAGCUCCCAGCACUUCUUCCAAACUAGCACCUCUUCAGUCACCCCAAGGCCAGAGACCUGUGUGUCAGCAAACCAGUGUGGACUUGUCCUCAACUGCAAGUCCUCUCAGCAAGCAGAGGGCAGUAUCACAGCAGACCAGCUUUGAUGCCUCUGGACCGCAACACUCAUCAGGCAGGGCGGAGCCAGUCACUCCGACCCGCUCGCAGUCAGGGCCUUCUCACCGCAGACACGUCCGCACCAUACAGGAAGUGCGCACUACCAUCACUCGCAUCAUCACCGACGUGUACUACGAAGACGGCAAGGAGGUGGAUCGUAAGGUCGUAGAGGAAUCCGAGGAGCCGGUGGUGGAUCGCUGCGUCAUGGACAGCGACAUCUCUCCUUCCCGUACAGGAAGCUCCAUGACCUCAGGAGACCUGGCGGAUGUCAGCUCACUUUCCUCCAAGGCUGCGUCUCAUUUCAGCUCCAGCGGGACCAGCAGUGGAGGUCCGGCUCCUAGCAGGAUGAUUGAUUUCAUCAUGCCUCCCGGUCGGGGAGUGAAUACCAGCAGCCCCAGGCGAGGGGGUAGACAGGCAGUGGGGUCAGAGCUAACAGGCAUUUGGGGGUCUCCACCCGCUGUCCCGCUAAGCCCCCGAGGCCACGGGCGUCGAGGAAGACCCCCCUCACGUGGUCCACUGUCCAGAGGUGGAAGGUCAGCACAGAGAGGAGGUGCCCAUGCCCCGGCUGUGUCCUCGUCAGAAGAUGAGCACCUGGCUCGUUCGAAUGCCCGCAUCCCCUCGAACCGUUUGGAGGCGAUGUCCCCUGAGAACAGCUUGGGGAACGCAAGCAGCUUCGUCGGACUGCGCGUGAUGGCCAAGUGGUCGUCCAACUCGUUUUUCUACUCCGGGACCAUCACUCGGGACCUGGGAGAGAACCGCUUCCGGCUGCUGUUCGACGACAAUCAGGAGUGUGAGGCACAGGGGAAGGACAUCCUGCUGUGCGAUCCCAUUCCGCUGGAGGCCGAGGUCACGUCGCUGACCGAGGAGGAGUACUUCAACCCAGGUAUCGUGAAGGCACAUAAGCGCCAAGGUGCCGAGUUGCUGUACUGCGUAGAGAAAGACGGCCAGAGCACGUGGUACAGCAGGACUGCCGUGAUCCUCACCAUGGAGCAGGGAAACCGCCUGAGGGAACAAUACGGCCUCGGGCCUUAUGAACCCUCCACUCCUCAUAACAUGGCAUCCGAUAUCAGCCUCGAUAACCUCGUGGAAGGAAAGCGGAGGCGUCGAGGAAACGGGCCUGGGCCUGAAACGCCAAACAGCAGCUCCACAAACAGCCCCAGAACCCCGGCGAAACGGAAACUCGCAAGCUCCACGGAGGAAGAUCGGACCCCGGCGAAGAGAGGGCGCAGAGGGGGCGGGGCCAGAUCGGCUUUGAGACCGGCUCCAUGCGACACCUCUGGAAGCGGAGCCGAGCUGCCUUCGGUCCCCGGCGACGUCCUGGUGACCCACGGGCCUCUCCCCGAGAGCACGUCUCUCUUCAUGGGCUUUGUCUUCAUGCUCACUGCGUCCUCUGACAAAGACGGGAAAUCCAACCAGACUACCAGUGACGGAGAGGAAGAAUGCGUGCCGACAGCUCCGUAUAACAAGCAGUACACCGAGAGGCAGUUAGAGGCUGGAGGAGGAAUGAUCCUGCCUGAAUUUAAUGAAGAACAGUGUAAAGCAGCCUACCAGAGCCUGUUGAUCGCGGAUAAACAUUGCCGAACGCAGACGUACCUGCUGUGUGUGGCGGGAGGGGUUCCCUGCGUCUCUCAGAUCUGGGUGCGGGACUGCUGUCAAGAGAAGAAGCUCAUGAACUACAGGAACUACCUUCUUCCUGCCGGAGUCGGACCCGAGACACGGAUCAUAGAAUGGCAUGCUCGCUGUAACCCUUUCAAAGCGUUGAAAGUCCUGCUGCUGGCAGAGGAUCGUAUACAUUUAUGGACCUCCUUACUCACUAUGUGUGGAGCUACAAAGGUCCAGCAACAUACACUAAGCAACAAUUCUUCUGAUAUUCCAGCUGAGGAAUUCGACCUGGUGGUGUCUGCGUCUCAGUGUCCUGCAGCGCUGCUCAAGAGUGUGACAUCCACCAGCACUCCUGCAGUGUCUCUGGAAUGGUUGGUUCAGUGUGUGAUCUGCGGCGAGCGUCUGGCCUACGACAGCCAGCCGGAAUAUCGUCCUGAUCGCUCUUCUUAAAAGUUUUUUUUUUUUCACAUCCUGUACUGUUUUAGCACAUGCCUGCUUUUACUGUAUAUAGUUUUAAACGGUUUUUUGACAUAAUAAAUGGCGUCUCCUUUU